CCAACAUGGUGACUGAUGUGGAAAUCGAGCGAGAAUUUGAGGAGUUUUCUGUCUCCAUAGAUGAUCUCUCUGUACUAGAUAAAUGUAGGUAGUUAGUAUAAAAUAAUGAUACCCUUUUCCAUCCAUGAGGUGGAACUCUUACCAAUAGUUAAUCAGAAAUGAAAUCUUCUGAUAUAUUGUUUUUUUUGCGCACAUUAGUGAAGGAACUUUGCGUCUUGUACCAUUUGAGUGCCUCUGAGUUAGUUGAGGAAUGGAUCGCCUAUGUGACAUCUAUUUCAUCUACUCAUGAACCUGAUCUUUCAACUUUGGAAAAUUUUGAAAGAAAGGUAAAGACUCAUUUAGUUUGUAACUUUGAUUGUUGGGAAAACAUUAGUUGUAGCUAGGUUAUAGGUACAAUAUUUUUUCGUCGUUCGUAGGCAAAAUUUUUUCCAAGAUUGCAAAAUAUUGUAAUCUGAAGAAUUUUAACAGCAUAAAUUUGCUUCAAAUUGCAGGAAAAAUAAUAUGAUUAUUUAGUAAAGAUAAAUGUUAGUUGUUAGCACUCUGUAUUCAGUUUCAACUGUUUGCACAGUUUGGAAUUAACCCUUCAAACUUUAUUAGUGACCAAAAUCUAAUUUCUCCUCACAGUAACACUGCUGAAUCAUUCAGGGAGAUCAUAAAAAUAAAUAAAAUGAUUGCCAAGCGUAAAAGCUUUGAUUGUUUUAGGAAUUCUCCUUGUCAGAACCUAAAGAAAUGACUAUAGAGAAAAGUAUUGAGAAUGUGGAUACUGAUGUUAGGGCAUAAAGGGUUAAUUGACAUUCUCUAAGCUGGUGACCAGUCUCAGAUGUGUUAGACGUAUAUAUUGAUUGGAGAAAUGGGGUAAGGAAUUCCAAGCACAGUUUCCUUGGAAUCAAUCAAAUUCAAGGUCAGUUAUUGACACAGCUACUGUAUACAUGAAGAGUUUUGGGCCUGCAAAGUCUUUAAUUCUUGAGCAUGUAAGGUUCAGUUUCUAAGAAUCCCUUUUAUUAAACAGUAUUUGCUAGUUUUCUGUUUUUUCACUGAAAUAAUUCCUAAUGUUUUCUUGUGUCUGUAUUUUCAAAUGCAGUAUAAAGCCAAGAAACCACAGAGGCAGUUGAACAUCAAAGUGGAAGAGACCAAGCCUGCACUGUAUAACAAGGAUAACAUAGAUGACCUGUAUCUUUUAAUUUGCCACAAUAUUUUGAUCAUUAUUGAGAUUGCUUUUAUUGCAACCUGAUAAUUCUCUAGUGUUCAAAUCACCUUAGAUACUUUUGGUCUGUCAGUUUUCACCACCCUAUUUUGCCAUAAGAAAGUCUGUAGUCAAAACUUUAUUCAGGAGGGCUGACUGUCUACCAUCUUCAGUCAAUUUGAAGGCUGAGGAGAGGAAAUAUGUUUCUAAUGUCUUACAGGCAAAUUGCUAUACAAAAACUUUUCUCCAUAACUGCUGAGAACCAGUUCCAACUAGCAGCACUCCUGAUGAAAGAGAACCAGCUACUGGUUUUGCUGUUAUUCCUUACAUUCAGGGUGUUACGGAACCCAUCAAGAGAAUUUUGAAUAGCCACAACUUUAAAGUUAUUCAAAAACCUUUUCAGACUGGGGCAUAUUUUUGCCAAACCUAAGGAUCCUGUCAUGAAAGAACAACGAACCGAUGCCUUUUAUUCUAUUCCUUGCAAUGACUGUGACAACAAAUUGAAAAGUGGUGUCCUUUUUCAAAAAAGAAAAUUCAGCUUUAUCGGAGCACACAUGCCUAACUAACCAUACAAUUGGGUGGGAUAAGUCUAAAAUUAUCACCACUAAUCGGUGUUACCACCAGCACCUUUGUUUGGAAGCUUGGCAUAUUAACUCCACCCAUGCUCCUUUAAAUUGUGAUGAUGGUGGCUUACUUCCUGAUGCUUAUUUACACCUCAUCAGAAAAAAGGCAGCUAAUUAGUGAUGAUAUAAAAGAACCUCUUGUUGCAGCAUUUAGAUCACCCUCAAUGAAGGUACUAGACAGGAGUGUCAAAACGUUGGGUCUAUAAAUUGUAACUUCUUUGGUUACAUUCAUUAAAUCUGUAAACCAGAUUAGCAUCAAACCAUGUCUGGUUGUCCACCUGGUUGCCAUGUGACCUUUAAUAUAUCUUACUGUCAGUCUUGUAUAUCAAGUGGUUUUAAAGCCCAGGUUUUGACAAUAUUCCUUUAUUCAUACAAAAAAACAUUGCAUCAGACCUUGACAGGUAUACACAGUAUAAAUGCGGAGGGUGAAGAUUUGUAUGAAUGCUACCAAACCCCUGGAAACAAGGUAUUGGGCUCUGUUCUGUUUAUCUCUAUGAAUUAGACUAACUUGCAUGGCUGCUCUUAUUGAGUUGGUUUCAGCUCAGUUUUGAUCAUUUUGGUGUCAUUUUGGAAAAAAAAUUAAGUAUUAAAGGAUCUGUCUGUCUAGGUUACCUCCAGCAUUGAGUGACAUUUCUCUGAUAGUUCUCAGUCACCCAAUUAUAAUCAAUCUACUUCUGUUCAACCACAACAAACACUUUUGGUUUAAAUUGUCUGAUUUCAGGGAUCAAUGAAAAGACCUCAUACAACUCCUGAAGCAGCAAUCAAAAAAAGACAUGCAUCUGUUGGUUGGAGUCCUGGGACAACUCCUUUAUCGCCAGCUAGUUUUUCUCCUGCCAGGUAAUUGUGUGUAGGAGGUAGGAAUAAAAGAUAUAUCACUCAUUUGGGUUAACCUCAUUGUCAUGUGUUCUUGGGGAACAUAGAGACACCUUGACCAACUGGCAACUGACGGAAAUCAAUGGUAUUCUCUGGCCAAGGCCUUAUUUGCAAAGAUACAUGGAGAGGACUAAGUGACUAAUUAACAUGUGUCCACCAACCUAUUUGUAACUUGAUUGCCAUUUAGCAGAGGGGCAUCAACUGACACUUUGACCUUGCACAGAAGUAUACUUACCUGUACUGACACAUUAGUAAAAACUUGAAUUUGCUUUAGCAGCCUGUUCAGGAAACUAUUCUGAUCAAAAUUAUGUUAAUCAUUUUUUGCAUAAUUGUAAUAAAAUUACAUAAUUUGAACUUGAUAUUUGGAAUUUAAAUAUAUUUAUUUUUAAUAUGACUGAUUUUUUAAAAGUAUCUUUUAUAGCUUCAAUAUUUUUUAACUGAUAGAGCAUACAGAAUAAUUUCUCAUGAAAUAACUUGAGAUAAACAAGCUGUGAUGGAUCAAUUUCUUUUGCUUAUUUACGUCGUCCUCAUUUGUGAAAAAAACAAAUGUUUUAUAUUGUUUUAUAGUGCUACACCCAGUGUUAAGUAUGGUUCCCGUAGCAACUCAGGAGAAGUUGUGUGCUCCUUUAAUCCCAGUGGAGAUAAUCCACAACGAAUCUUUCAGCAGCAUUUACCAGCAUCACAUCUUACAGUGCAGUGUGCAGAUCAGAAAGAGGCUUUUGAUGACUUCAAAUACAUGUUUCAUAAACAGGCUGAUAAGGCAGCUGGUAUGUCUUUUUAUGCUGACUUCUAAUAUUUCAUUAAGACUGGUAAGAUAGAUCUUGAGUAAGCUUUGGAAAAUGUUAAAAUAAUUUAAUUACAAAUUUGUUUUUAGUUUCUUCUAUUCUUUUGUUUUUCUCUCUUUUGCAUCAGUAGUAAAAUUAACCUGUAUUUUCCUUUUAGUACUAAGUGACCUCAUAGAUGACAUGGCAGAAAAAUUACAGGAAAGUUUAGGCAUUGAGGAAUUCUCAAGUCUUAGUAUUCCAACUCAGGUACUUCUUUAGAGAUACAGAGUUACAACCUUUUAAUACAUGAUAAAACUGGAAACAGCACACCAUACAUGGAUUGUGGUUGGAAGAUUGUUUUUUUUCUCUUGUAAUGGUAUUGUUGAAGGUAAUUUAAACAAUUUAUACAAGAUAUAUGUAUAAAAGUGGAUUGUUUCUUAACAAAUAUAUAUCAACCCUUUUUUUUUUCAAUUUAGGAAGAAGUUUCUGUCAUUGGUCGUGUUUGCUGUGAUUCCAAUGGCAAAUUGAAUGCACAGUCUGUAAUACUUGAGGGUUCUCAGGAAAUUUCAUCAGGACAACGAAUUAAGUUGGACCUUUCUGAACUGCGGCAGUUUACAGUUUUUCCUGGCCAGGUAACUGUGUCUUUCAUCUUAUCUGUUCACCUUCAUUAUGAAAUAAACAAUAAUUGAACAGUAUUAUUAUUAUUAAUUUACUUUUCAGGUUAUUGCCAUUCAAGGAUUAAACAGCACUGGGCAAAAAUUAGUUGUCAAUAAAAUUUGUACAGUAAGUCAAUGAAAUUCAUCCAUUUAAAAGUUUCACAUUGUUUUAUAAUCAUAAUGAUGGCCGAUGAUUAGGCUGCUGGGAUGAAGACAAGUGAACCCUGAGAGUGAUAGAUUCAAGGGUCUAGAGGCAUCUCUCAGCUGAGAUCAAAGUUUCUGUAGCUUGACUGGAAUUAUGGUUGCUAUGUCCUUGCUUAUUUGUGGUCAAUUGGAAGUUACUUGUUCUUCUUUUCCUAAAGAUUCAACUCUAUGGAAAAAUUUAAUUUGGUUCUUAUCUGAAGGGUAGGAAUUAUAGAAAUCAGUUCAAUUUGAACUGAACAGUUUUAAACCAGUAUUAUUGUUUGACUUUGCUUUUAGGGAGUUCAGCUUCCUUUCCGCUCAUCAUCAGACAAUGUUGAGCCAGAUUCAGAAGACAUGUCCUCAGGUAAUUCUUGCUUUCAGCUACUGAUCUAUGUAAGUUUAUAUAAUAAGCUCAGUUAUGCACGCAUUCUGAUUGGUUCUCACUUAUGAUCUAUAGGAGGACAGACUUAUAGAUGAUGUCAUCAUUAAAACUUUUUUAAAUUCUUUAUUAUAUAAAACAAAUAGAUUCCAAGUUGCCGUGCAUCUGUUCAGGAAUAGAUCACAGAGGACGUCAAAAUGUGGUAAGAACAUCAGUGACACACUCGGCUACGCCUCGUGUGCCCCUUUUUGGUUCUUACCACAUUUUGACGUCAUCUGUGAUCUAUUACUGAACAGACGCAUGGCAACUUGGAAUCUAUUUGUUAAGUAGAUGCAGGUUAUAGGAUUUACUCUGCUGCCCAAGAGUUUCUUUAACCCUUGAACUUCCAGAAGUGAUCAACAUGUAAUCUCUUCCUGCAACAUCUAUACAUUAUCCAGAAAAAAAAGGUAGUGAGACUACUCUAACUUAUCAAGCAGAGUUUUUUCUUCAAUCUAACACCAAGUUCUCGUAACUAAUUGACAGGGAUAUGUGUAAAAGCUAAAGAGGAGAAUUAACAAUCAGAUCUUGGGAAAUUAAGGGGUUAAAACAUGUUAUAGAGAGCCUUACACUGUGUUUUUCUGACUACAUCUACUUACAACAAAUAGGCCACCAUACAAUGAUUGUUGGUUUUUUUUUUUUUUUUUUUUUUUUUGAUGUUAGUAGCUGCUGGCCCCUUUACGACUUCAGACAGUCUACUUUAUGAGCCCCUUGCUGAUCUAAUAAGAACAGUUCAAAAUGACAAGCCAGAUCUUCUUAUUUUGGUAAAACAGAUCAUCAAAUUGGUUCCCUUUUCAGAAUGAUCUUUGAACCACAGUUUUAUGAAUUACUUUUCUUAAGUAAUUGCUCUUUCUACUUUCUUUUCUUCCUAGCUUGGAUCAUUUGUUGAUAGCAAACAUGAACAGAUUAUUGUAAGUAAACUGCAACACUUCUUGUUUAUAUUGUGUUCUAAACUUUUAGGAUAAAUGCAGGUUGUUGUGAUUAAUGGUAAUGUAAACUCAUUUGAAUUUGAAAUUUGGUUUAGUACUAAAUACAUGAUAAGAUUAGCUUCUAAAUUCCCCAUAUGGGUGGUAUAACAACUGUUUAGCUCUUUCUAAUGAAAGGGAUUUCUGCAAUUUGCAGAAUGGUGAUUUAGAGGAACCAUUUGAAGAAAUAUUCGAUCGCCAAGUGCAGCAGAUAAUCAAAGCUACUGAGAAGUAAGCAAUCAAUAAAUUUUUUUGUAAACCCUGUCUUGUUAACACUUUAAUUUACUUUUCUUGAUAUUCUUGUGAAACUUAUUACAAUAAAGUUAUUUUCAACAAAACUGUCACCAGAUCAGCCUGAUGAGAGUACUUGCUGGGUCAAUAAUUCUCCUGAUAAGUUUCAAAUGAGUUUUAAAAAACAAUUCCUUAAACAACAUGCUUUUUUCCUUUUCAGGCUUUCCACUGUGGUUAUCUUUGUACCAUCAUAUCGAGACAUUCAUCACCAUUUUGUUUAUCCCCAACCACCCUUCAGUACUAAAAUUGACAUCUCAGAAUCCAGUACAACAGAGGUAUGCCCAUUAGUUAUAUCUGGCUGUGUAACUUAACCCUACUUGCAGUAUGAACCCUGAAGCACUCCUAAAGGAUAAUAAAGGAAUAAAGGAAAUGAUCAACAACUAAAGAAGGUCUUGAUUGUCACACAAAUUCUCCUUGUCAGCACAUUAGGAAGUUUAUAGAGAAGUGUAUGGAGAAUAUACAUACUGAUAUUAGGGAGUAAAGGGUUAAGUAGUUAUUGUAAGUAGUUGUUGUAGUAUGCAACUACUUGUGUCACAAGAAAUAGAAAAGACACAACCUACACUUCCACAUACUUUUCACCUGCAUUGUUGUUUUGAUCUCUUACAGCGAAUUCAUUUUGUGCCAGAUCCAUGUACCCUUGUGGUCAACAAUGUGACCAUUGGUCUUUCAUCCAUGGAUGUUUUAUUGCAUCUGGGUAGUGAAGAGACAGUUUGGUAAUGAAAUAGUCUAGAAUAUUCAUACCAAUAUUUUCAUUAUUUUAUUUAUCACCAAACAACCUUUUGAUAUAAUUUUUCAUAAUAUCUUAAUAUUCCUUCAUGUACCUUCACUGGUUUGUUUCCUAAUUUUUUGUUUGCUUCAGUCCACCAGGCUCCUCUGACAGACUUGGUCGUCUUGUGAGACACAUUCUUUACCAGCACAGGUUUGAUGAAAUAUUAUGACAUAAAUUAAUUUAGUAAUAUGGAAAGUGAAGAGCAAACAUUACAAGAGCAAGUCUGUAAUAAUUGGAAGUGACUACUGUUUUCAGCACAAACUCAUCACUGAAAAUUGUCAAAAUAUUGUCCUUCCCUUUUUCUAGAUUAAUCCAAAAAUUGCUUGAAAUGUUUUGUUUGCAGUUACUACCCCUUGCAUCCACCAGCAGAGGAUGUAAAUCUGGACUAUGAGCAGUUUGAAAAGCAAGCCAUAUUCCCUUACAAUCCUGACAUCUUGAUCCUGCCAUCAGAUUUGCGAUACUUUGCAAAGGUAAAAUUUUUGCCUAAUGAUCAGAUGUUUAGUACAUAAGCCUGUGAGAAUUCCUCUAUCCGCUACUAAUUGUUUGGAUGAGAUUAGUGGGGAGUAUAGGCAAGAAGGGAGAGGCAGGGGCUAAACAGUUUGCCAACUGAACUUGAAAUCCAGGCUGGUUCUCUUGGUGUGUUCUUUGUUCUUUAGUAAAACACUUCACUCCUCUGGUUCCCCCCAUCACCCCCAGGAGAGAGUGGAUGUAGGUUGGGGGAGGGGGGGGGGCACUAGCAAGGGAUUAGCCUCCCAUCCAUAAAGGGUGGCAAUCUUCCUAGUCAGUUCUCCUUACAGAAACCAAAAUAAGCCAAGGAGGAAUAAAAAAUAGGAGUUUCCAACUGAUGUUUCACCUACAGUCAACCCACUCUUGGCUGUUGUCUGUUGAUGUCUCAGUUGAGAUGUCAACCAAGGUGUAAUGCUAUUGGUUGAGUGAGGUUCAACUAUCAAUCAAACAUUGGCCCACUAUCCUAAGAUUGUUGGCUGAUCACUGACUUACAUAUUGAUCAAUCUUAAUUUCACCCCACUAUUAAAUAAUCACAUGUUGAGGGUGGUUACUAUUAGUGCACAUGAUCCAGCACGAAUACUUAGGUACCUGACUAUGUAGAGUAGCUGCUAACAUUUCACUUUGUAUAUCACUACAGGAUAUUCUUGGCUGUUUGUGUGUGAACCCAGGUCGACUUGCUAAGGGUCUUGUUGGUGGUACUUAUGCUAAAGUUAGUGUGAACCCUUCACAACAUCAUGUUGAAAAGACAACAUCUCACAUUUUGCAAAGUUCUGUGGCCCAGGUCAUAAGGAUAUAACUCUUUGUAUGGUGAAAAAAAUAUUGAAAUUCACAGCUGUUCAUUCUCAUAGUGCAGUGCAGUGCAAGAACAUGUUGGUUUGCCAAAAGUACCUCUGUCCCUAGUGGUAGCUGUGCUUGAAACAUUUGUAAAACUUCAAUACGACAUUGAUAGUUCAAUAUAUACCCUUUUCUAUCCUAUACUUGCACUUGUGAUUUGAUGGAGAUGAGAAAACAAUUACUUUUUUAACAUCAAUGUCCAAUGUAAGAUAGAUUGUUGGACUCCUGUAAGAGUGUUGUAUUUUACUGAGUCAAUGUAAUAUGUUAUGAAUUUUCAAAACUCUAAAAACAAGAUUGAGUUCAAUGGUUAUGAGGGUCAUCAGAGAGAAUAUCUCUUCGGCCUUUUUUUAAUGUAAACUGUGGACCCC